AUGGUCCCCCUACGUUAUCUUUGGUUCCUGGCCCUAAUUCUCGUUGCUGGACCAUCUGCCACCCAGGCCUUGGUUCUUGAUGCCCGACAGGAUACAACGACGUCAGAUAGUACCACAACUACGUCCACCACAUCAUCGUCGACAUCGCAGACAACCACGACAUCUUCAACUUCUACGACGAGUUCUUCAUCCUCGUCAUCCUCGUCUUCUUCAUCCUCUUCCACUGGUACAAGCUCCAGCUCGAGUAGCGGUUCGAGCAUUAGUUCAAGUGCAAGUACUAGUGCAAGUGGAAGCGGAAGUGGGUCAAGCACCGUUGCGAGCAGUACCGUUGUUCAGUCUAGCAGCACUAUCGCGUCUUCCACAACAGCCAGUGCCUCUGCAACAGAAUCUGCCGCUGCGUCUUCAGGCUCAGGCCUUGGAAUUGGCGCCAUUAUUGGUAUUUCGGCAGGUGUCUUGGUAGCGGCCAGCUUGGCUUCAAUCCUCUUUUCCUCUAUCCGGAAACGAAGACACAUCGCAAGAAAGAGACCCCGGGCGUCACUUUACGAUCCAAAAUUCUUCGUACCUCCUCACAAAUCAUCUGAAGCCGAUCUCUCUAUGACUCAGUCACAGUUGAAAGGUUUCUUGGCACCUAGCGCUAAGGUCGACAGAGGCAGAUCACAUCGGCAGACAGAUAGUAUGAGGACGUCCUCGACCCCACUUCUUCCUCUGAAUCGCCAUGAUGAUGAUGCAUCUCAUGUGGGUGAUUCAAACGUAUACGCAGCAUCAUCUUCUUCGACUCCUCGUGCUUCGAUAGAACAUGAGCGUGACGAAGAUAUCUCGACGUCUGACCCUUCAUGGCUCGGCCAUGACCACUAUCCGUCUCCAUACACAGAUGAAAGUGGUGAGCCGCCUUCAGCAGCGCAAUCUACAAUCCUUUCCCCCACCCCCCAACUCGGAUAUCGUCCGCUCAGUACUAUAGAUCAAGCAGAUUUUUCCUUGAAGGCGAUACAGGAUUCUUUGGAUAAAGGUAAACUUAAUUCUACCUCCCCUACAACGGGGGUGUAA